AUGCCACGUGUGUCCGCCAUGUUGCUGCCCUUUCUGGCCAUGCUUGCCGCCGCGGGCGCGGUGGACGUUUUGGAAGGGGAGCUUCCAGAAGACGUCCCUGCAUCUUGUGCGGAUGGCGAAGAGUGUGAUCUACAUUUGCUGCAGUCGGCCGCGCUGAAGGUGACCUCGGAAGUCGAUGCAGAAAGCCAGGACGACGAAGUGCAUUUCGUGAAAAGCCAUGGUAUCGGUCAGAGGCUUGAACGCCUCCUGAAGAAAAUCGUUCCGAAAUGCAGCGAUGCCGAUGAGUUCAAACAAUCUCAGUGCAUCCAAAAAGCCCUCAAUGAGAAAGCAGGCAAUAAGGGCAAGUGGGGUGUCUUCAUGGGCAACUUUCAUCGCAUGGGCUGGUCCAUUCAGCUGCCACAUACGCGCUGCUGA